CAACAACACUGUUUUGCCUUGUUUUGAACGUCCAACACAUGACUAUUUGCGGUUUUUAAAUCUGUUUUAUUUGGAAGUGUCUAUGUCAAGAAUAUGGCACAUCCUGCGUAUGGAAAAAAGCUUACAGAUCGUAUUAAUUUUGGAAUAGCACUCGAAGGAGUACCGGACAAUUUGGCACCAUUCGUUCAUGAUUCCACAAGAAAGUAAGUACGCCAUAAUUUUUUAGUGUUGUCGUCUUUAGUCGAACCGUAAGAGAUUUUGCAGUUGUUUUCCAUUAAUUCCUCCAUCUCAUUUACAGACGCCAAGGAAUCGAAGAAGCUUUAAAACAAGCUGAUGGAUCGAGUGAAACAGUUGUGAACACUCUGAGGGAAUAUGUUGUUAUGAACACCACAAUAAAAAGCAUACUACAGAAAGUGAGCAUAUUUAUUUAAUGAUCAUAUAUUUUAUACACCUGUUUUCGAAAACGUUGCAAUUUGAAGAAAAUAUAUGAUAUGCAUACACCUUUUGUUUUCUCAUCAAAAAGUGUCUCUUUUUGAUAAGAAUAUAAAAGAUAUAUAAAUAUAUAUAUAUAUAAUUAAAUAUAUAUAUAUUUCAUGUAUAUUUUUAAAUUGCAACGUUUUUGAAAACAUCUAUAUAUAAACAUUUAAAUUAUACAUAACUAACUGCAAACAGUACUGUUUCAGCCUUCUGGGCCUCAUCCGUGUAGUGCUGAUGCUAAGAAGGAGGUGUAAGCACUAAGCUACCCCGAAUGAUCCCACAAUUAUGGUGUCAUCCAAGCCAUUAAAAAAUUAUAUAUAUAUAUAUAUAUAUUUUUUUUUUUUUAAAUUUUAUUUCUAUUCUUUGUCAUAGUCAUAUUUUAUGAUGCUUCACCUCCCAAAUUAUCAUUUGGAAGCUAAAAUCUGAUGUGCAUGAAUUUUCCUUUUUCCAUUGUAGGUCAAAAGUUUCUCUCGACUCAGGUUAGUAGAAAGCAUGUAAACACUUUCUACCCAAUGAAACAUACAGGAUGGAAGAAGCUUCAAUUGUGUGAUGAAAUAUUCAAGUGAAAAUUCUUUUUUUUUUUUCAUCUUGAAAAUUUCUGGAAAGCCCACAAUAAUUUUUUGAAUGGUCUUGAAAAGGAAACAUGACAAUAUGUGAUGCAAACCUCAAUCCUCUGAUAAUGAAAGAUUAAGAAAAAAUUUCAUAGUAAAAAGAAGCUAGAUUAAAACAUAAUGUUUUGGCUACAACAUGUCACCAUUAUCAAAUAUAAAAUUAUUUUAAGUUUAGUGGCGUUAAAUAAAGAAAGGAAAGUAUGAAACUAAAUUAGAAUGAAAAUGAGAUGGAGUAAAACAAAAGAAUAUGCAUAAUUAAAUGAACAGUUGCACUGGAAUGGAAUCUUUUUGAGUGUUCAGAGUCUGUCUCUUUCUCUAUAAUAUCCAUUAGCCUCAAUCCUCAAAGUUUUUGAGAAUUGAGGAUUAGGAAUUGGGAAACAAGGACUGAUUAUUAGUUCAGAGGGACUCUCCACUAAUGUUAGAGCAGCUCUGUAUGCUCCAACUUUGAAAGUGGUGCUGUGACUUCCCUUUUCAUACCCUCACAGAGACUAUGACUGGAGCAAGCUAUGGUUAAGUUACAAAACAACUGACCAAAAAUGAAGUAAGCUCACCCUCAACCCUUUAACUCCCAGAAGUGACUAUAUAACAUGUAACUUCUCCCUAUAAUCUCCAUAAGUUAUCCAGCAGACAAAUUAGUAGAAUUCUCAAUUAGCAGGUACAAGUUUCUCUUUAUCUAAUACCAAAUUCUUAGGAGUUAUAGUCAAUGUGUUAAUUAAGCCACUUCAUUUCCCAAAGUGCUAAAUAAUUUUAAUUAUUAUAAAUUCAACUCACUAUCUCUUUUUUGAUUGACUGAAAAUGUACAAUAAAUUUUCGAAAGCAGUAGCCUUUGGCAUCAGCUGAUAACCCCUAUCUUGACCUUUAUUAUCCUGGAUAUCACAAGAACAUCAUCCAAUAAUUGUUUAUGAUUCAUGCCCAUAUAGAUUUAAGUGGUCUAACAUUAUGGAUGAUGAUGAAAAAACUGUAUCCAGUAAUGUAGAUGAAGAUAUGGCAUCCAUGAUGUUAGCAGCCGGAAUAUGGCACAUAGAGCAUGCUCAUCUCGUAAGUAAUACUUUUGUGAAAAUUCUUGAUGCUGAGGAGAUUGAAAUUUGAUAUUCAAGUAAACUAACUUUAUUUUUUCCAUCCUUUACCUUAUGCAGGUCAAUGGGAGCAUUACAAAUGAAGAUGAAGAUGAAGAGAAAAUGAAAGUAAGAAAAAAGCUUGUGCAUUUUCUCAUGUGAAACUUUCAUGUACAUUGGCUAAUGUUGCACUCAUAUUACAUCCUAUACUUCAUCUCAGCAAAGCCUGAAUUCCCUAAAGACAGCAGCAAGUAUAUUUGAGACUGCAAAAUCCUGGGCAAGUCUGAUCCAAGGAAGCAAAGAUCUUACUGGUCAGUUUUUAACCACUUUUUUGCCAUUAUGAACCCUUUAACACCAAGUACAACACUGACAUUACCAGGAUAAAUUUAGACAUUGGUAUAACUAUUAAUUUCUGAUUUUGCUCUACAGUUCCAAUACUGAGUGCAUUAUAUCUUCAGUCACUUGCUGAGGGACAGGUAAAGCUACCCUGUACUCCAAAAAACACAUUGCAUGUUGGAAAAUAUUUUUAAAUGAUUAGAGUUAUUCACAAGUGUUUAAAUUUUGGUCAAGGCUAUGUUAAAAACUUGUUGUAAAGAUAGAUUCAUUUGUGGAAUGAUGACAUUAAACACCCUUUAUAUAAUAAGCCCAGUUAUGCACACGUUUUGAUUGGUUCUCACUUAUGAUCUAUUGGAGGACAGACGUAUAGAUGACAUCAUUAUUAAAACUUUUUUAAAUUCUUUAUUAUAUAAAACAAAUAGAUUCCAAGUUGGCGUGCGUCUGUUCAGUAAUAGAUCACAGAGGACGUCAAAAUGUGGUAAGAACAUCAGUGACACACUCGGCUGCGCCUCGUGUGCCACUUUUUUGUUCUUACCACAUUUUGACGUCAUCUGUGAUCUAUUACUGAACAGAUGCAUGGCAACUUGGAAUCUAUUUGUUAAAUAGUCAACAGGAAAAUUUAGGCCCAAUGAAAUAAGAGGAGGCUAACUUUUAGCAUUAACCCAUUAACUCCCAAGAUCUCAUUAGUAAUUCUCCUUAUUGUCUGCCAUACAGUUCUUGUGAAGUUAGUAUGGAGAAUUUGUUAUUGGAUCAUUUUGUAAUCCCCUGACAGAUAUUUUUUCUUCAUUCUUAUCACUUGUCUGCUUGAUACUGUAUUGAUAUUGCAAGGAGAAAUUGUCAAUUGGUCACUCAUGAGACUGUUGAAGGGUUAAUAGUUUGCAAGGAGAUUGCACUGGUUUACUGGUAGUUAUAAUGACAAUGCUUUUAAAAAGCUGACUUUUUAAGACUGAUCCUGUGAAAAUUAUAGCAGAGGCAGUGGUUUGUGUUUCUUAUAGAAAAUUAUCUGAUUUAGUGGUACAUCAGAUGAAAGUACGUUUAUUUGGUCAUCAAGUAACAUCUCUCUAAGCCUUUUCAUAUCCAAUAAUGAUGUAAUUAUUGAAUGAUUAUUUGAAGAAAAACUAUAAACUUUCCUUAUUGAUGUUUUAAAAAGACUGUCACCAUCAGAAGAGCUGUCAGUAAAGACCACAAGGCUUCCCUCAUCAGUGAACUCUGUCAUGAUGUAUCACAGAAGUAUACUGCUGCAGCUGGAGAAGUUGAUGUGAGUUCCCAAUUUUCUUCCACUCAGUAAUUCAGUUGAUAGCAAAGACUAUUUACUGAGGCAUACAUAUUUAGGUAACUGGUAACAUCAUGUAGAGUUCACAGUCAAAUCAAAAUGCUAGAUUUUCAUCUCUUGUCCUUAGAUGUUCUGACCAACAAAAGAAUGGAACAUGUUCAAUAAUGAUUAUUUAGUUACAUAUUAGUUUACUACGAUUUUACCUUAACUUGAUACCCUGACUGAGUGGUUUGAUUUUGAACCUGGAUCUUUAGUAGCACUGACUUAAUAUUGUGGCUGAGUUAUCCUCAGCCAUCUUUGUGGCAAACAGCAUUAAUUCUGUCCACCCAAGAGUAUAGUUGUAAAUACAAUGCUCUGAACUUUGUUUGACCUGUAUACUGAGUUUGACCUGUACAUUGAGUAAUGCUACUUGGUUCAAGUUUAUUCUCACCACAUUUAUGUGUUUAAAGGAAACCUAGCCUUACAAACCAGCAAUUCUAAACCAUUUGGUCCUAAAGUUUCUCUUGCAGUCUUAAGAUUCUUGCACUAAUUUCUCACUGUUAUGAAAUUUGAGAUGGUUAAACUAUUUUUAAGACAUCUGCAACCAGGACAAAGAUUAGCCAGGAUGAGUUAAUUAUCCAUUCUUCAUUUCUGCAAUACUUAUUUAGAGAUUGAAGUACUACUGCACUGUAUGUUGAAAGAAUUAGAUGUAAGAAAUAAAAACAUUUGCUCAUGGCUUCUACUCUUACUACAUUUUUCAUUAGGCUUCACAUCAUGAGGGACAAAAAUGGUCGACAUACUUAAGGUUUCAAGGUACUGAACCAUGACUAUUUUUCAUGUAUUUUGCGCAUUUAAAUUUUGUCUAAGCGUCAAUUUUCAUAACAGUUUGGUUUGGUGGAAUGAUUACUUAACUUCAGUAUUGUAUUACAAGGAUGGAUCAGAGUUGGGUAAAGAGGCCAUCAGUUUUCCCUCCUUAUUUGUGGGAAUUCCUUUUUUUGUCUUAUAAUGUACAUUUUUAUGAGUGUGUUGUUUGUAAGGAGUGAGGCAGUGUUCUAACAACAAUAUUUAUGCUGCUGUUUCUCAAUUCUUUUGAUCCUUUUUUGAAACUGACAUAUUGACGAACACCAUCACUCUAACAUCAUUCUAACAGGUGAGACAUACAUGGCAUUGGCAAGAUGUUACCAGGGUGUUCAUCUGUUGGAGACUGAAGAAAAGUAAGUGAUCUCUAUUUAUGAACUGUAUGUAAUCAUCUGCACUGUAGCUCACUUAGGAAAGUGUAUAACAAAGUGCCAAAAUUCCUCCAAAAGAGAGAAUUUUUAUUUAUUUGUCAUGCAUUCAAUACAGAGAAGAAUUUAAUUUCCCAAUGGGUUUCAAAACUCAGAGAUUCAGAUUGCAGGAUGCACUACCAUACAGAUACAGUGUUAUUAUCAAAGCCAUAUAACAGGUCCAGUUCUGUGUCAGAGCAUCAUGACACCAAAAUCCAAAGGUCUUAGGUUGGAAACCUUGUAGAUUACUCAAAGUCUAUAGCAUUCAAGGCUCAUGCCAAGCAUAUAAGGUCUUUUUUAUCCAUCGUUCUUGGCCCUAUUGUUACUGCUGUCCUUAACUCUGUGUCUUGGUUGUUUUACGUGACACUGUUUUGACUCCUUUAAAUUGACUUUCAGGUGUGGCGACUCUAUUGUGGUGUUAGGUGAGGGAUUCAAACACUUAAGUCAAGCCACUCAUCUUUCUAAAGUAAGUACACCACUUACCCAUAUGGAUUGUUUUUUUUUUUUUUAAUCAUAUUAUACAUCUUUGUUUAAGUGCCUUCCAUUUACAUUCUGAAAAGAAAAUAACGAUACCGGAGUGGUUAAUGUGAAGCAAAUCCUUUAUCACCUGGAAACUGGCUCAGAAUAAUUUAAGUUUGCAGCAGUAUAAAAGCAUCCCAUUCGGGGCAACAUUCAUAGGGAUAGUUGCUCCGUGCUGUAUAAUCAAGGUGAAGCAGUGUAGACCAGAUACUCCUCAUAGACUGACCGCAUUGACAACUGUUACUAUCAUAAUACAACAGACUAAAAAAUAAAUAGUUUAAGAAUUCAAAGAAUGAAUGAAAGAUACAAGCCUGCCAUAAUCCUUAUACUUUUCAGGAGUUGAAAAUAAUGACUAUAUACCAGUUAAGUUCUUUAUAAUUUUGGUUGUACCCUUUACCUUUGAUUUAUCGAUAUCCAUGGUGAUGGGAUAAGUUCCUCGUUUUAGAAUUUGAUGUAUGAUUUUUUUUUCUUGUUCCUUUGUAGGAAUAUGAUAAAAUUAAACCAAAGACCAAACUUCACUUGGCUGAAUCUGCACAAUUUGAAAAGUAAAGUACAUCAAAUAAUUUUUUUCUUCAUUGUUUGUUUCUGCAUACAUGAAGAAUGGGGUUACAUCUUCAUGUGCUUUUAUUAUCAAAAAUGAAUACAUCUUUUUUCAAUGUCCUUGCAAUUAAUAAACGAAAAAAAAUCAUGUCAUGCUAUACACUGAUGUCUUCGGGCCUUUCUGCACUGGUGAAAAAGUUGUUCAUUAGGGCAAAUUUUCGGUCAUCACCAACAUUCUACAAAUGCAGAUGGUUUGUCGCGACUUGACAAAUUUUGGCCGAAGUGGACAAAUCUAUAAACGUACCGCCGACAAAUUUCCUCCCGGUUUAAUAAACAAAUCCAUGCUAAAAUUGUCUAUCAUUUGUCGGAAAAUCUACGACCAGUGAGUAAUUGAACUAAAAUCAGUUUAUUAUGAAACUCGGGGAUUCUAAAACUUUACAAUGACUGAAGAUGAAUCGUGGAAAUUGGAGUUGAAAUCCUUUGGUAAACUGUGCAGGUAAACUUUGAAAUUUUUAAUGCGGCUGCAACAGAGAAAACAAAGAUUUGUCAUGACAAAAUUCGUCCUUUUAAUGGUCGGGACAAUUUAGUUUUGCCGCCAGUGUGGAAAGGUCGAUAAUCAAAUUUGUCUUUGCUUCUAGGGUAAAAAAGGUGUUAAAUGAAAAGAAAGCAAAGAGUGAUAGAGAAAAUAACUUGAUAUAUCACCAGAAAUUGCCUGAGGUAUGAAAGACUUGUGGAGUAUAGUAUGUAUUUUGUUUAGCCUCCAUACUAUGUCUAUCUAAGCAAUCUGUUUGUAAAAAAGAAUGCGAGGGGACAGAGAGGGACAAUCAGUGCUUCGGCAAGGACAUGUCGGUUCCAUAAGUCAGUUUUAGACUUAGUGAAAACGUUUCUUCAGACGUUCUCUUUGAGAAUUCUCGCUCAAGAUUCACUGUUUUUCUUCUGUUCUGAAGGCGUUUCCAUCGACAGAAGAAAUGUUCAAACUGUCUGUCAUCAUGUCGAUUUGAAAUCAACUGGAAUCACCAAUCCUAAUAAGGACGUCUCGAAAAACAGAAUUCUGCUCGAGAGAAUGUCUAUAGUUAACUUAAACAGAAUUAAUACAUCCGUGGACUGGACCAGCAGCCUCCCUUUCCGUUCCCGCUUAAAUUAUUUUCUUACGAUCGCAGAAGUUUUGUCAUGCAAGGGAAAAUGUAAUAUAUAGCUUUAGCUGAGCCCAAAUGCAGAACUCUGGAUUUUAUUUUCAGUUGUUGUCUUUUCACGUCUGAUCACUGAAGCUCUGCCGUGUUCGGGUGACUCUCAAAAUCUUUCGUGCUGUGACCUUUGCUCCUCCUUAAAUUUACCAAAACAAAGUUUAAAAAAACUGUAUUAACAUUGUAAAAUAACAUUUAGAGGACAUCGCCCUUUUUGAGAUUUGAGAUACCGGAAGCUUUAUUCGAAGUCAGCACAUUCUUAAAAUGUAAAAAGAUUGGAGGUCUUAUUUCGCUUCGCCUGUACCACGCAAUAAAUCCAGAUUACUUCAGCCUAAGUCCUCUACGUUUAAUGUUCCAAAUUUCAAAAUUUAUUUGAGUUAUGCAUGGACAUUGGUCUUUACGCGCUAUCAAAAUUUUGGUCGUCGAGAAGAGCUUCCAUAUUUUCUUAAAUAUGGUAUCUCCGCUCCGCUCGUGCGAAGCUCCGCUCGUGCGAAGCUCCGCUCGUGCGAAGCUCAGAGCAUUACACUUAGGUGUCACCCAAAUGUAUCCAUGACAUUUUACUAACAGAUGACUGACAUUAUUGAUUUUCUUCGUUCCCAUAUUCGCAUCAGGAAUGCCCACCUCCCUUGGAUCCUAAAUGCGUGGUCCACGUGACUGCUCUUGAACUACCAUCUGGAGAGGAUCACACUCUGUAAGUACCAUAUUUCUGUUGUUCUCAUGAACUGUACCAUGCACGCUUCUAAAAUUAAAUCGAAUUUCUAAGCAUUUCAAGGUACUCAAAACUGGACUCAUCGCUUCUUCAGUUUUAGAGAAUGCCCUGUGUACCAAUAAUACUUUCCUGCUGUAGGCACUGAUUGCUGUUGCAAACAAUUCGCUUUUAUCGCUCUGCUUUCUACAGAACCGUCUUGGAGACCUCAGACGUAGCUCAAUCCGAAGGAGAAGUGGAGGCGGGCGCGUUGGAUGCAGGUACAAGCUGACAACAUCGAUUAGCAUCGUUAAACUGAUCGCGUUUUUCACUCCUUAGGUAGAAAUUUUAUGUAUUGUAUUAAAUCGCUGAUUUCGUGGUUGAGCGUCUUUUUUUUAAUCUAAGUUAAAGUGAUUAUUUUAGAUUAAGAGACGCAGUUUAGUAUCCACAAGGACGCAAUCCCCUCUUCCCAUUCCCAAACGAACGAAAGAGGGUUUUUUUCGGUUUUCUCCAAAAGACGGAGAAAGAGAAUCCUUGGGAACGAAGCUACUAAGAAACGAGUUCCAUCCACUCCACCUGUAGACCAGUUUGCAAGCCUUCGAUAUUCCUGGUCAGGGGUGUUUUAUUAUAUGGAACAGGCUCGGAGCGAGGUCAGCUCAUGCAGGGAGAUGUGGAUUUUCGUCAGAGUCAAUUUUUUUCUCAAAAACUCGUGAAAAAAAGAAUGAGUCAGAGAAAAAUGGACUGAGUUUAUUGCGUCUUCCUAAAGUGCGAACUUUCAAUCUUUGUUUUUAGAAUUUGAGUUUCGUCGCAACGUAUUCGGUUUACUUUAUAAAAAGUUCGCUGUGAUCUGCGUUCAUAUUUACUUUUAUUAGAACAUUAUUUCAAGAAUAAAGACGGACUUAAAAUCCGGUUAAGAAACCACCGGGAAAAAAGGUACAAAUAGCGAAAUUAAUUCCUUAUAUUGAGUUUGUAAAGAAAAAAAAAUCGCGAGCUAUUAAUCAGUCGAUGUAUUUUUUUUUCAUCGAAUAAUAUAGGCAAUACUUCAAUGUCGUUGCACGUGGGUUCGAUGAACAAAACGUUAAAAACAAUCCUGAAAGGAUUCUAUUAAAAACGCCGGUUUUAACUGUUUCGAAGAGUUGAGGCACCUUUAGUUCACCAGCUUUCAAGUACUCAAGUACCAAACAGUGCAACCUUUUUAACAGUAGAUUAGCGUCUUCUAUGUAAUACUUCACUUCUGUCUGACCGACUGAUGAACCUGGCUUUGCGAACUCGGUAAUAAUCGUAGUGGACUAUGAAAAGAGAGGCUUGUACCCUACACCUUUACGAAUAAACUUCUCUCUGGGGUGUGAACCCAACUUUCAAUCCACUGGCGUUUAAGUCCUUGUCUUGAUCGUAAGGAAGGAAAUCCAUUCACAAUGAUGUUUUUGAAUACUUUUUAAUUCGUAAGUCGUCGACAGUCUUGAGAAUUCAGUUUAAUUUAGCGGAAACAGAAAAUUUCUUUUUAGGUUAAGUACAAGUUUUAAGCUGUAAGAACAGCACUUUACGUGAUUAUGGAAGUAAAAGCUUUAGAGUUUAUUUACAAGAAGUAGGAGGAUAUGUAAAUACUUGAAGAAAUGGUCAGUCAUUAGCAUACGAAUCAACAGGUGGAUUUUCCUUUGUCGAAUUCAUAAAUAAGAAUAAUAAUUUUAAUUUUCCGUCUGUUUGCUUUUAAGAAGGACUGGACAAAUAGCAAUUAAUUUCCUUUUAAUCCAGGAUGUCCAUUUCGUACAACUUUGACUCUGUAAUGUUGAAAUAUCAGGGUAAUAUUUCAAUAAACAUCGUUUUUUAUGUUGAUGUUAAUUUGGGUCCAAUUUAAUGUCUCUGAUGAUGUCUGGAAAGCGUCCCUUGCUGCUAAAGGAAUUGUUACCUUGGUCUUAACUUCUUUUUAUAUGUAAAAUAGUCUUUUAGGAGUUUAUCUUUUGUUUCAGUUUCUCGCCUCCAUGAUAGGAGAAACAAAGAGGCAAACUGUUGUCGAUCAGUUUUGGCUGAGUUUUAACAACAUUUAUUCGCAAACUGACUUAUCGUUUCCCAACGAGGGAUUUAUUCGAGUAUUCCACGACUCUAAGUAGUAUAACGUUAUAAUCUUACAACAAAUUAAUGUAUUUUAAACAUUUGGUUAUUUAAGUUGACAAUUUCUCAGCUGUGAGGGUUUCCGAAGAGUUAGAGUUUCCUUGACAUCGUGGAGAAGGGUAAAUCGUUGCCAAUACGAAAUUUCGCCAUCUUUCGAGCGAUUCCGCUAUAUCAAAAUAACCUUGCUUUGGAAGAAAAGGUAACUUCUAAUGUAGAUCCUCAGGAAAGACUAUUUUACGCAAACGGAAGGUAAUUUUUUUAAGUUCUUCGAAUAUGGACUCCAUUUAUAUUUCAGUUGUCGAUAGCAUGGCCAUUUACUGAAUGUACAGCGAAAGUUUGGUUCAGUUUUGACAUCUCGCCUUACACAGCCGAAUUGUACACGCCUGUUCGGAGUCAUUCAUAGUUGUAGUAUUGAACAAUGCUGGAAUAAACGAUAGAUUCCUUCUGGUACAGUGUGGUCAAAUUAAAACCAAACAGUUCACGAUAUGCUAUUUACCAACUUUACGUUAUGCAUGAACACAUUUGUGAAUUUUCUUUUCUCCGGAAAAUGUUUUUCUUUCGAAACACUGAAUAAGGAAAAUUCUGGACACUGAACGAAAAUUUCGAUUUCAAUAGGAUGCUUUUGACAACCUGAUCAACUGAUUACUUAAAAAUUUCAUUGUUUUAUGUUUCAUUGUAAGAAAAUUACCUCGUAUCUAUUCUAAUCAGGGCCCACUAUUUGUCUUGGGAACUCAGUUUGUGUUUUAAAAUUUAGAAAAACGAGUGAAAAGCCCACUGAUGAAACCAAACGAAAAUUGACCGCGUAUUGCGAGGCUUCAAUUUUAAAUUCUGUCAUUUAUACGAGGAAGUGGAUGACUCAAAGGCUAAAUGCCAUAAAGAAUUUACCUCUUUCAUUUGCUUUCGAUCUUCGCCACCAUUAAAAGGAAAAUAUCUAAGGGUAAGGAAAGUUGUUUAAAAUUACUCCAAACAUUUUUGCUUGGACGUGUUUUAUUGUGAUUAUUAUUAUUAUUAUUUUUACGGAGAGGAAAUUCAUCGAUUCCGGUUUACUGUUCAAAGUAAACGUAAGAGAAUAUACGUGUUAGUCAGCCCUCGCAAACUAAACCCAAUUAGAAUAUCUUCCUAUGUACGAAACAAAUUGAUAUUUACGUAGGUUUUGCCCAAUAACAUAUAAGGUUUUUGAAUACGGAAAAAUAGUUCAGCGCAAUUCGAUAAAAAUAUAUCUUUUGUGGUUCACUCUUUCCUUUUUUUAUCGCAAUUCUAAUUGAUUCUGAGCUAUGGGCAAAAGGGUCAUUGUCAUUAUUAACAAGAACAAAUAGAAAGUCUUUCCCUUACACUUUUUAUCCAGUGUAAGUAGUCUUUUUGCAUGUCGGUUAAUCGUCAAAUUAUCUCCGCUUUUCCUUCAACAAAUGUUGUUAUCGAAUAUUUUUUAACGACAUGUGGCCGGAAAAGGACAUGAAAACUUGAUUGAAAAUUAUGCAUUGACGUGGCUCGCCGUAUUUAAUGGGCAUUCCCAUCUGUUCGUUAAAGAGUCCAUCAACUAUUGUCUUUGACGCCCAAAUGGUUUUGUAGUGACUCGUUCGAUUUUCGUUUACUCUGACGAAAAUUGAACCACACCGGCAUGUUUUUCUUUGCUAAAGCGAAAGAAGAUUCGUCCUCGCCCGAGUCCUUGAGUGGUAAACCGCCGCCACUGCGAAGGCAUGAUACUUUUGGGAGUGCCGAAUUGUUUGAAGCUUGGGCAAAAGAUUCAUUUAUCAACCAAAGCACAAUUGACAUUUUGAUAAAAACGCAUCAAAUUGAUUGCUUGCCCGCGGUUCUGGCUUUGAAGAAAGAUGACUAUUCACAGUUAAAUUUACCAGUUGGUCAACGAAGACUUCUCGAGAGUGCGGUCGAGAAACUCCGCCAAGAGUAUGAACUGGUUCAACCGCCGACCCCAAAAGCAAAGAUUAAUCUUGAAAUGCCGGUUUAUAAAUCGAUGCUGGAGAUAGGGGAACCAGCAGAAGAAGAGAAAACUGGUCAAUACGAGGAAAACCAAUUAUCCCGUAGGCCACAGUCCACGGGGCAUUCUACUGAAAGGAUAUAUGGAAAAACACGAAGCUACGUUGAGUCUGGUACUGAAAAAAGCGACAGCGGACCGGAGAAGAAAGCUCUACUGGUUUCUGAACAGGGUAAAAUUUUGUCGCAGACGACACCAAAGUCAGCACAGAAGAGAAAAGGUUAAGGAUACUUUUUUGAUGUUUUACUAAAUAUUUAUUAAUAAUUUAUUGAUAGAUGGUUGAUUUCAUCUAACUUGGCCCUUUGAUAUCUAGUCAAGUAAUUUCUCCAUCGCUGUUAAUUUGUUGAAUCUUCCCGCAUGAAGACGCAUCUUUCACCGAGUAUGGUAAUUUGUGUUUUUAAUAUAAAUAAUUUGUUCCAGAUUAAUUUGAUCUCCUUUUUCUUUUCCUACCUGAGUUGGUCUUCUAAAUCGAUACAGAGUUUUUCUCCUCGGUUCGGCAGAGAAUCCAGAAUACUGUUAUUUGUUGGUUUUUGAAAAUACAAUAUUCAAUGCGUUGUCUGAAGAACACGUGUUUCUUUGCUUUUAAACGACUUUUAAAAUAAUGUAAUCAAGUGUAAGCCAAAGAGACUUUACACUUGCAAAUGUUCCUACAAUGCACACGAGUGGUCAGACAAGUGCGAAAAAACGCGAUUUUGUUUACCCUUAGGGCGUUAAACGAAAAUUAGCAUUUCGUUCGAAACUUUCAGGAAAAGACAAAAAGAGCCAGGAGACUUAAAUCUGCAAAAAAGAAAACAGAAAUCAACUUACGGACUGAUUUAACUUCAUUAACUGAAUAUCGCUAUCACUGUUUGUAAAUAUUUUAGCGCAUAAUGUUGGUUUGGGCAAGAGGUUGAGAAAUGGGAAUUAUUUUGAAGAGCAAAUGGAAAAGUCGAGGAUAUCCUGGUCUUGAUUAUUUGAAAGGUCGACGCAACUCUCUUGGACGGGUAGAAAACAUUUACGAUGGCGUUUUGUUGGUCUUAGACAUCGAUGGAUCGUUGUUUUUACGGAUUAUUUCUGAAGCAGUAAAUUAGAAAGGCGAUGACAUCAUGUUGGUAAAUACCUCAUUCAUUUCGUGGUUAUCCGGUGAAAUUAAAAUUUAAACAAAAUAAAUUAAGCAAUUCUUUUUAAAGUGAUAAGAGACAAAAUGGGAUCAAAAGACGAAGAAAGAGAUUUGCAUAGCGUACAGUAGUGAGAACAUGGUUUGUUAAGCAUUCCAAGGCCACAUCUAAAUCCAGGUUAUACCCCGUUUUUGUGUCUUCCAUAAAAAAUAAAAAAAAACAUCCAAAAAAGAAACGCAUCAACGCGCACAUAAACUUUCAUUGGUUGACUUACUUGAGUCGCAUGCACAACGAUGAGCAUACGAAAUCGCGAGAACAACAGGGAGAGGAAAACAUCUUGGCACGCUCUAGCUAGUAUUUUUUUUUUUAAUCUUCCCUUUUCCCAAAUUUCAACGAAGCCUGGUGUCAACAAAUGCUCACUGAUUUCAGGUAACAUUGUUUGUGGGGAAGGAGGAAGGGGGGGGGACUUUCAACUGACUUAAUAGAGAUGAAUUACAUGAUUUCUGUUUGUUAUGUUACAUGGAGGGUUGUUGACCACCUAGUGAGGGGAGGCGUGCCAACUAGUUUUCCCACCUUAUUGUAGUUUCAAUAAUGGGCACUCUGCCUCUCGAGGGGGGAGGGGACGGAAGAACAAACACGUAAAGCGAAACGCAGCCUUUUUCCAUACAAUGUUUUGCGCAUCCUUAAUUUACAUGAUUUUAUAAACGAUACCAUGCGUACAUUGGAAAACUGGCUGUUAGGCUCAGCUGUAUAGAAAAUUCCACGUUAGAACUGCUUCUCAUUAUUUCUGCCAUGUUGAUUUUUGCGCAUAGCAACUCUUAAUCGUUCAUCUUGUCGGCAGUUUUUGCUUACAUCUGCGUCGUUUAGCCCUUCCAAAUCAAAGGCUACGUGUGCUUUUCUUGAGAUGGAAGAGGUGAGAAAAGGUGUUGACAGUAACACGUGGUUUUAACAUAUUCAAGAAUUGCCUUCGACCCAGGAAUAAAUUUUCGUUGAUCUAAGUACUUUUUUCUUUGUGUAUACAUGUGUACAGGUAUCUUCAGAUGACUCUGAUAGUGACAAAAAGCAACGAGAGGUUAUCUUCAGCUAAUUCCUUUAAAAAACAAAGAAAGGAUGCCACCUUUGUAAAAUUUCGUACCGAAAAACCAAUCCGAGGUGACUGGGAAGGCCUAAAAAAAUGUAGAGGGGUAACAUCUGUUCCUCCUGGUGUCUUCUUUGUCUCCUAAAAGCUCAAUCAGAUUACACAUGAAAAUACCGUGGCCGGUUGAGUUACAAUAGUUUCGUCUUUUUACUGAAAUUCGUAACUGCCAUACUGAUUUGGAUACUAUUGAACCCGAUGGACUGUUUAAACUGUAAGUAGCUGUGUCAAUUUGUCGUAGGUUCUUUUUGUUUUUCGUGACUCUGAUUACGCUGCUAUUACUCGAUGAAUUCCUGAGAAUCAAACUUACUUGUCGUCGUGAUACUUUUUUGCCUCGGCCGAACGCCAUCAAUGUGUAAUCAAACAUCAUUUUCUCGUAAAAUGAAGCGGUAAUUGAAUAUGCGAAUCAGUCUUGGCGCCUACGCGACGGAUCUCUUAUUCGAUCGAUCUUCACUACUUAGCGUGACAGCGUAAAAAAAAUUGCUACUUCUGAAUGCGAGAAGUCUUUUGUUGAUGAAUGUGAUGUCAAAGACGCUUUGGAGAUGGAAAGUAACGCGGUUCAUUUCCCCAGUGACAACCUGGAAUCAGUUCCCCAAAUUUUACGUUAAAGACGAUUGACUGAAGUCUUAAGUCUUAAGAAUAUUGUUCAUAGACAACAUCUUGGUAAACAAUAACAUUUUCUGUUAGAACUUGCUGUGACUUCUCAAUUCAAGUUCAAGGGGUCUUUUUGCAGUUGGAUCCACAAAAGGGACCGGUUGCUAUUUUUUGCCAGGGGGGGAGGAAUAUUUUGUGUUUGUCAUGAUAAAAUUUACCUGAUCCCCCUAUAAGGCUCUGUACUAUUCUUAUGAUCCCGUCUCUCAUCCCCCCCUCUCUAUACUCUGAUAGCGGUGACUGACCCCCCCCUCCGUUUUCCCUGAAAGCCAUGUGAUCCCUCAACAUCAUCCAACACCCCACCCGCGAGGCGAUAAAUACUGACAAGUUUCUAAAGAAAGAGCAUGCACAUAAAAGCGUUUUAUAUUUGUUUAAUUCUCUGUUAGAUGGUAAAUCGUCUCCGAGACAAUCGCAAGAAAAAACAGCCACAAGUAAUUACACAGAAGAUAGCAAAGAUGAUGACGAUAUGAACUCGCCAUGCGCAUGUCAGAGAUGGCUUUUUACCACCUUACUCAUGCCAGUAUUUGCUGUUUUAUCAGUUAUUGGAUUCGUUCUUGUUGUUUUACUCAUGCCGUGUAAGUACUGUUGCAACUCUUUUACAAACUUACUUAUGGAUAUUGAAAAAUUUGGCUGAGGAUGGACGGUAUUCUUAGAGAUGUGGUCGUCGAGACAUGACGUCUGUCAGGAGCUCCUACGUUGGAUUGAUUUCCUUAUUGACCCUAACAUCAGUAUGCAUAUUCUCCAAACUGUUCUCUAUUCAUUUCCCAUAACACUGCUAAGAUCAUUUUUGUUACAGAUUAAGGACCUCUUCAAUUGGUGAUCAUGUCCUUUAUUCUCAUUACCGUAAUGUUUGAUUCAGUAGUGAUUCUGUGAGGAGAAAUUAGAUGUAAGUCACAGUUAGGGGUCAAAGGGAUAAAAGGUGCGAAACCUGUGGUGACAGCCUCCCGACGAUGUCUACGCUAUCUCUUAAUUGGGCAGGGCUCCAAUCAAAACGAUAACUUCAGUGGAAAGACCCAACAAAAAGUGUUUUCAGACGGAGGGUUUUCAGAGGAUCCGGGGCCCGGGGCCCGGGGCCCGGGGCCCGGGUUCGCCCCCACUCUCCCCCUUCAGAUAUGUGGGUGUUCUUACGACUUUUCUGAAACCAAAAAUUCUUCCAACAACAUGAUCGCACAGUGCAACUCAACUUGAAGUAUUAAAAAUUUCCUCAUCUUGAUACAUAUCGUAAUCAGUAAUGUCUAUUUCGGCUCUAAUGUAAAAAAAUCUGUAUUUUCUGAAUCAAAGCUUAGACCCCCUCGUCAAAAGGGGAUUACCCCUUGAUUCUUGGAUCCGACCCUGGUUUAGUUAAAAGAUAUGCCAACGCGUGCGACAGGUCUAUUUCAGACCUGCUGCAUUCGAUUCAUUUUAUAUCACUUCCCUCCCCCUCCCCAACACACAACCUUAUUGAAUUCCACUGAGUGACUUUCAUUUCUCUUGCUUUCACUAAAUAUUUUUUUCUUUCCACAGUUCGUUUAUGUUGUCCUCAAGGUGGAGUUUACACCAAUGUUGUAACAUUUAUAUUUGAAGUAUUUAUAAUGGCUCCCUGUCUCGCAUGCAAGUGGGCAAGAGGUAAAAGAACACCGCAAGCUAACUCUGCCUCGAAAAAGCCUCGCUAUGGUGGAACAGAUGAUUUGGAGCUUGGCGACAAAUGA